UAUAAAACGCAGAGUGCAACCCAAAACCUACUGAUAGGAGACAAUGGCCGAGUCCACUCAGAAAACUGAACCACCCGAGUCAAGCCGAGUUUCCGAUUCACCGAGAGAGAUGGAAGGAGAAGAGCACUUGAAGUCCCCAACUGAUUCACAGAAAACAAUCUCUGAUGACGAUGAAAUAGACUACUCCAUCAAACCAGAAUUUUAUGCAGAUCUUGAUGAGAAAGAUGAAUUAUGGGUUCAGAAGAAAAGAAAAGGGCGUACUACUUCUGAUGCUGUGCUUAGCUGCCCAGGUUGUUUUACCACCCUCUGCCUAGAAUGCCAAAGGCACGAGAAAUAUGUGACCCAGUACAGGGCCAUUUUUGUUGUUAACUGCAAUAUCAAGAGUGAACAAGUGUUGCCGCAAAGAAGCAUAAAACCAAAAAGGGGCAAAAGAGGAAGGGAGUCUGAUAAGAGUGAACCUGUUUCUGUUGAUGGUGAAACAUUCAAGCCAGUACACUGUGGAGUUUGCUACGAAGUUGGAGCCAUUGACGAAGAUGAGGUUUAUCAUUUCUUCAAUAUUCUUCCAAGCUUUUGCCUUAGGGCUCACCUCAUGGAAAGGCUCAAACUUGUGGCUUAAGUUACUUAAUGUUCACCUCCAGGGUUCGAGUUUAUCAUUAGAUUAUUUUCUUAUAAAUGUUCAUCUUCCAACAUAAAUGAAUCAGUUGUUGAAUAUGAGUCCUUUUGUACUUUAAGAUUUGGAAUUCUCAAGAACUUCAUAGUAGUAUCAUAUUUGUUAAG